AUGUCUCAUCCCAGCCAACCUCUCGAAGUCUUCCCUCCGCCCCCCGGCUUCCGUAGCCCCGUUACAAGCGUCCACCGCGAGGGGACGUACGAGUUCUACGGUCCAGCCUCCACCUCCGGCCUCACCGUCUCUGCCUCUGACUUCAUCCUCAAGCACUGCGCUGCCGAUAAAGACGGCCUCGUCCGGGCCCUCUCCUCUUUUCUUGACGACGCGGCUGCCCACGCCCGGCAACAGGCCAGUUCUACCGACCAAGAGAGGAGCACCCACUCGACCUGGCUGUGCGUCCGUAUUACCGCGCCUACUGAUGCCUGGGCUAUUCCCCGAUGGCACCGCGAUGGCCGCAUGUUCGACUGCAUGUGCGCGGCGCCCCGGCCGCACGCAAAAUAUGCCAUGACGCUACUCGGCCCGCCGACGCGGAUGCUCUGGCCGUCGGAGACGGUAGACGCCGCCGUGCGCAAGGUGGAGGCACAGCAUAGCGGCUUGGGAAUGGGCGAAAACGACUAUAGUUACGAAUCCGAGGAGAAGGAGCGCGCGGGCCUGGCGGAGGCGCUGGAGGAGAUCCCCCUCGUCGAACUACAGACGGGCCAGGUUGUUAGGUUCACGUGGGGCGAAUCCGACGCGCCGGUGCACUCGGAGCCGGAUAGCAGUGCCGAGGCCAGGUUAUUUUUGAGCGUCAUGUUUGGCUCUGAAGCAGAGUUGAGGGAUAUGUGUAGUAUCCGGGAUGAGGUGUACGGAGAGGAGAGUACUUGGACCUCCCAAAAGUCUUUGGAGUAA